GGGGCCGGCCGGAGGCGGAGGCCGGGCCAGAGGCUGGAGGGAGGCGGCGGGGACAGUUUGUUGUGCUCGGAACAUGGCUGGCGUCGGCGACGCGGACGCCUCGGGAGAAGGCGGCGGUGGCGGGGUGGACGGCCCGCAGCGGGACGGCCGCAGCGAGGCGGAGCAGCCGGGCGGCAGCGGCGGACAGGGGCCCCCGCCGGCGCCUCAGCUCACAGAGACGCUGGGCUUCUACGAGAGCGACCGGCGGCGGGAGAGGCGCCGGGGCCGCACAGAGCUUUCAUUGUUGAGGUUCCUCAGUGCUGAACUAACAAGAGGGUACUUCCUUGAACAUAAUGAGGCCAAGUAUACAGAAAGAAGAGAAAGAGUAUACACUUGUUUGCGAAUACCAAGAGAAUUGGAAAAGCUGAUGGUUUUUGGAAUCUUUCUGUGCCUGGAUGCGUUUUUGUAUGUGUUCACCCUGCUUCCUUUAAGAGUUUUCCUGGCACUAUUCAGGCUCCUCACUUUGCCUUGCUAUGGCUUAAGGGACAGACGUUUGCUUCAGCCUGCCCAGGUGUGUGACAUUUUGAAGGGUGUCAUUUUGGUAAUCUGCUAUUUUAUGAUGCAUUAUGUUGACUACUCCAUGAUGUACCACCUGAUAAGGGGGCAGUCCGUCAUCAAGCUCUACAUCAUCUACAACAUGCUGGAGGUAGCUGAUCGUCUGUUUUCAUCUUUUGGACAAGAUAUAUUAGAUGCUCUCUAUUGGACAGCAACAGAGCCUAAAGAAAGAAAAAGAGCCCACAUUGGGGUGAUUCCUCACUUUUUCAUGGCUGUUCUCUAUGUCUUUUUGCAUGCAAUUCUUAUAAUGGUUCAAGCAACAACUCUCAAUGUGGCUUUUAACUCACACAACAAGUCUUUGCUUACUAUCAUGAUGUCUAAUAAUUUUGUUGAAAUUAAAGGAAGUGUUUUCAAGAAGUUUGAAAAGAACAACCUCUUUCAAAUGUCAAAUAGCGAUAUUAAGGAACGAUUCACAAAUUAUGUGCUUUUACUGAUAGUGUGUCUAAGAAACAUGGAACAGUUUUCUUGGAAUCCAGAUCAUCUCUGGGUGUUGUUUCCAGAUGUCUGUAUGGUAAUUGCAUCAGAAAUUGCCGUGGAUAUUGUAAAACAUGCCUUUAUCACUAAAUUCAAUGACAUUACUGCAGAUGUCUACAGUGAAUAUAGAGCCAGUCUUGCUUUUGACCUUGUUAGCAGCCGACAGAAAAAUGCAUACACUGAUUACAGUGACUCUGUAGCACGGAGGAUGGGCUUUAUUCCUCUCCCACUAGCUGUUUUACUCAUCAGAGUUGUAACAAGCUCAAUUAAAGUGCAAGGAAUCCUGUCUUAUGCCUGUGUCAUACUCUUCUAUUUUGGGUUGAUAUCCCUGAAAGUACUUAAUAGCAUCGUGCUGUUGGGGAAAUCCUGCCAGUAUGUGAAGGAAGCCAAAAUGGAAGAGAAGCUGUCGAAUCCUCCCCCAACCUGCACUCCAGGCAAGCCGUCCAGUAAAUCACAGAACAAAUGUAAACCCUCUCAAGGCCUUUCCACAGAAGAAAACCUAUCUGCCUCCGUCACCAACCAGCCUAUUCAUCAAAAGGAAAAUAUCAUACCAUUACUUGUGACAAGCAAUUCUGAUCAGUUUUUGACAACUCCAGAUGGUGACGAGAAGGACAUAACGCAGGACAAUUCUGAACUAAAACACAGAUCCUCAAAGAAAGAUUUGUUAGAGAUAGACAGGUUCACAAUUUGCGGAAACCGAAUUGACUGAAUCUGUGGCUUCAUGUGCUGAAGAAGCUGGGUCCUGGGGCAACAAGUGCUGUGUUGCCAGGACAGAUAGAUGCUAAACAUGGCACUUAAAUAUUUAUUUAAAAACUUAAAUUAUUAUUGGCAAGCAAAUCUUAGUAUCUUUCUUCCAGUAAUAUGGCCUGGCUGAGGGUCAGAUCACAGGACAGGAGCGACCUCCGGCCUUGACUCUCUGGGAAGCUUGAUGGAUUAUAAAACUUCCUCCUGCCUGGCCAAGCAGCAGCGUCACUUCCAGGACCCAACAAAGGCAACAUCAAAAUCUGUUUUGCUUUGUCAAUCUGGGCUUCCAGAAUGUUGAAUUUGCCUCAAGUCCUCUUCAGUAUAAGGAAAUACCUGGAAAACUGUGAAACUUUUCCCACGACGUUACCUUUCCAGUCUCAUACUAUUUUCACAAACAGUUUUCAACCGUUACUUCAUCUGCCAAAGCAUUAAAAAAAAUUAAACAUAAGUCAAGAUAAAUGUUCUUACCACCAGAAUAACCCUUAAAGAUGUAUCUUAAUUAAUCAGAAUAAAAGGCUACCUUAAAUAAUACAUGAUGAAUAGUAGCAUUUUGUAGGGUUAAAAAAAAAAAAGCUAAACUAGUUUAUUUAUUAAAAAAAUAAUUAAUGAAGACUAUGCAUUACUGGGAAAAAUCCUUCAUAAUUUUUCAGUUUACUCCUUAAAGCAAAAUGUAAGCUGUAUGUCAUUUAAUUGGUGGAUAAAACAUAAAUUUCCUUACAAAAAGGCACUUUUUACACCAAGGAAGCAGAGCAGUGUUAACUUUAAGGUAUACUUAACUGAUUUUGCUUUAAAACUAAUUACUUCAUAAAUUAUUACAGCUAAAAGGAUUUGAUGUUGAACAGUCUGAAAAAUUGUCAAUGUACAAAAUUCAAAACUGUCAACUUUAACUGUAAAGUAAAUGCUCCAAGUGUGUUAGGCAGCAUCAUCUUGCUUGGGCUUACCAAAUGCAUUAGUCCUUCUGUUUGGUUCGACAGCGGGUGUGCCUGUGCUGGGGCGGGGUGUGUUCUGUGGGAGGGUGUCUGUGGGGAUGUGACUGUCAGGGUGGGCCUAUGCUGGGGCUGGGGCAGGCCUGGGUCUGGAGAGGAUUUUGUGUGAAAGUAAAUGGGGUGUUUGAGGCGUAUGGGUGGCUGUUGGUGUGGGGAGGCAUCUGUGUAUGGCUGUUGGGAACAGCAACCAAAAGGUGCUUUUUGGUUUUAUUUGAGAUCAGGAUUCUGUUUCCGCUUAAUUACUAGUUUGUGGCCUAUAUCAUAGAAGUUAUUUCCCACCCCAUUUUAUCUUGACAACUGUGUUUGCAUUUCUGUAAAACUUCUACAACUUCUGGUUUCAGAACUGUCCAGAAGAUGGUACUGUUAACUGUUAUUUCCUUUGAUGUUUUGAUUUUGAAGUUUAGCUCUCAUGCAAAUGUUUCAGGCAUACAUAUAUAUGCAGAAAGCAAUUUUUAGGUGAUUUGUGUGUUUCUUGGAUGAAAUAUAAAGCAAGCUUUAAUAUUCUGACUUGUUCAUUUGAAAUACAAAAAAGUAAGUGAGUUUUAAUGUUUUGCAUUAACUAAAGAAAUCUGAAGAUUAAUGUUGAGGAAAUUGUAUGGACAUGCCUUUGUGAAACCAGGAAGUAUUUUAAGUUAAAAAUGAAAAAGCUUUUAAUUGCUUUGUGUGUGUUUUAAUGGAGCCCCAUUUUAGAAUUAUUGUUUUUUCCGUCUCCCUUUACCAACAAAAGGAACAAUGCCACGGUGAAUGGAAUAGUUUGGGGAAAGCUUUGCCAAACACAACCCUGAUUUCAGAGCAGGAACAUAGUUUGGAUAGAUCUUCAGUUCUGCUUGAAUUAUUCUGUUACUGUGCCGUCAUUUUCAGAAGAUUUCCAUUCCUUUGCAGAUGCUGUUGGGAGUUCGGGAUUAUGUUCAUUUCUUCUGUUAUAAUGGCAUUCAAUACUAAUUUUAUAAAUGCAUCUUGUGUGAAACUCAAUAAAUUCAGUUUUGUAAUCUUUUUUAAAAA